AUAAUACGUCGUAGUAAUCAAUUGACACUUAGUCGUGAAACGAUAAUAUUCUUCGUACGUAAAUAAAUAGAAAAUAAUGACGUUUGAUCGAUAAAAGAGAAAAGAAAGUUAUUCGCGAUCGAUGUAAUAAUCUGUAAUUAUUUUAGUAGAGAAACAUCAACGGGUCCAGGAGUACCGAAAUUACGAAUCACUUUUAUCAUCGGAUUGCCUGUGGCGAAGAAAGGCGUUAUAUCGAUAACAAGGAAUGCAAUGGUAAAACGGUUACAGCGUGAUUACGGUAAAAAAUUGAAAGCGUAAAAGAAUUUAUUUAGAUAAGUUAGGUUAGGUAUAUCGAUCGUCAUGGUUGGACCAGAUUUACCGGAAAUUCCGGCGUCUUUGAAAAGUAUCCAACAAUAUUUGAAAAUAGCGGCGACUCAUGAUCAACGGGAUCCGGUGGUUAGUUACUGGUGUCGAUUGUAUGCGCUUCAGACAGGAUUGAAACUUUCAACCAAGAGUCCAAAAGAAACAAAUUUUUUAAUGAAAUUAAUGGAUUGGCUAGAAACAACGAAGAAAGAGUCGCGAGAUAACGAAGCUAUUACGAACGAAGUAGCUGCACAGGCACAUUUAGAAAAUUGGGCAUUAAAGCUGUUUCUUUACGCGGAUAAAAAUGACAGAGAGGGUAAUUUUGGCAAAAAUAUUGUGCAAAGCUUCUUUACGGCCGGGCUAUUGUACGACAUAUUAACCAUUUUCGGUGAAUUGACCGAGGAAGCAGCGCAAAAUAGAAAAUACGCAAAAUGGAAAGCAGCGUAUAUUCAUAAUUGUUUAAAAAACAACGAAACGCCUGUACCAGGGCCAAUGCAAGAGGAUAACGAAAACAUCGAUUUCGACAGUAACGCGGGUGAAGUUAGCGGCGGAAUAGCAACGAAACCAAAAGAGGACGAAACACCGAUAAGCUCGGACAAAUUAAUCGAUAUUCGUGACAGCGAUUCUUCGCAUAGAGUAGACGGUAAAAAUAACGGAGGAAAUGGUGGACAGUGGUCUUCCGAAGAUAAAGAUUAUAACGUAGCAAUGAAAUCGGAAGGUAAAUCGAUAGAAGGGGGAGUCAGUUUGUCCGUGGAAGACAUAAACAAAGCGCAGAAGUUAAUCAAGUGGGCUGGAAGUGCGUUGAAUUACGAGGACGUGCCUACGGCUAUAUUGAAUCUUCGAAAAGCUUUACAUCUGUUGACUACCGGCGAAGAAGAGGCACGAUAGGAAAAACGAUCGAGCGAAUCGGAUAUCGGAAUUUCGAAGAUUCGCGUCCCCGUUCCUGUGUUCCUAUAUCCGAUACAUUGACGGUGGAACGAAAUUGUGUCGGUCGAUACCUUGUGUAAACAGUAAUGUAACAACGAGAAUAUGAAAAUUUACGAUUUAAUCGAUACGGAAGUAAAAAUAAUAAGUUAUUUAUUGAAUCGUUUA